GGUACACAUUGCGCACGGUAACAUGAACGCAGCAGAAUUGAAUCGAAACUACCGACAUACGAAUUAAGCCAUUGGAAUAACAGCUGUAAAACUCUAAGGAGUCUAAAAACAUUCAUUGAAACAAAAUGGCCAAGAGCGGAGAUGAAAGUCUUCAGCUAUAUCUUGAAAAUGGGAUUCCAUCCCAAUUUCAAGAUGAAGUUGAGCUAAUUGUAAAAUAUAUGUCCGAUGAAGAAUACGAUAAACCAAGUUAUGCAGAAACAAAUCAAAGAGUGCUGAAAGAAAUUUUCGAAAACAAAUUGCAAGACACAGAUUCAGCACACUCUCAUCGAAGAAAUGUGGUUAUGAAAUUUUGGAAAGGUAAAGGACAAAAACUACGCGAAGCACCGUGUAUUUACAACAUAAAAUGCAAACGAUGUAAAAUAAUGUAUGUCGGGAGUACUACUAAUAUAUUUAAAAGUAUUUAUGAACAUGUAUACCACAUUUCUACGUUUGAUUUAACAAACAGUUUGUAUAGACACUAUAGAGGUGACAACGGAAAGGAAGAAUGCAGAAAGUGGCAUUUUAGCUUUUUUGUAAUUGAGUAUGUUGAAGAAAGAAAACUGCUUACAAGAGAGCAAUUCUGCAUUAAUUCUUUCAAAACAUUGCAGCCAAAAGGCCUGAAUGAAAACACUCUGUAGCAUAAGAAAAUGUAUUGCUUAUUAAAUCAAUCUCUUAUAAAGAAAAAUUAAAAAUGAUGGAAAAAGGUUCUUCACAAAUCACCAAAAAAAAUAACAUAUGAAAGAAAAAGUACUAAAAUUUUAAAAUAAAUUUAGUUUAAGUAACAUUACUAAAGAUAUAUGCGUGUAUGACUAAAAAUAAAAGCCUGGGCGCUCAAUGAUGAAAAUUGAGCAUAGGUCUUAUAUUUGGUAAUAGAACGUACAUCUAUUGAUGAACUCCCUAUGAAAGCGAAUAUAUUUUCCAUAAGUUUAUUUUUUAUUUGUUUAUGUGAGAUUUAUUUUUCCACUUUUUGAUCAUUCGUUCGAAAACAAGUAGAUACUACAUAAUCAAAGAAUAAAAAUGUUUGCACUAAAAAUCCGUCCACUAGCUUGUGAUGUCUAAAAUUGACUUACCUUCCUUUAAUUAGUGAUCGAAGAAAUCAGUCCAACGUGAACUGAAGAGACUUCACCCUCGACGGCCCGCAGAUUGUUUUUUUUUUUAUUUUGUUAUCUCCCACUUUUUAUUUAGUAUAUAAUUUUUUCCUGAUUAUCUAUUUAUUACAUUAAAUUUCGAAAUGAUUACAUUGUCAUUAGAUAAUUACCAUUUUGCUACCCAUACAUACAUACACAAACACACACAUACCCACUAAGCAAGCUAAAUACAAAGCCUUUAUAAAAGUUUUUUACGAUGUAACAUAACACUAUGUUUUAUUAUAAAUUACCCAUCCGGAACAAGAAUCUAAAUACGUUUUAAUAGCAACAGAAAGUCUAUGUCCCCUUUCCUGUAAAAAUAAUUUCAAUCCCAAUCAAAGCUAACAUGCUUUUGGAUGAUUUCUUAACCCAAAAUAGAGCAUGUGAUUAGAAAUCAUUCAAU